AUGACGAAUGCAACAACUUUAAGAGCUAGAGUGGGAUCUUUCGUGUGGACUGACGACGAAGUCGAACUUCUACUUCUACGAGUCACACUCGACUACAAAUCCACUAAGUUCCAAGAAAACGUAGACUGGGAGUCGUGUCACUUCAAAUAUAGUGAUAUAAUGGACGCGUUUCAGACACAGUAUCUGAGGCAGCUAACCAAUAAGGAUUUCCCUCACGAUGCUACCAUGGCCUCAAAAGCCCAAGUCAUCGCAAAGUUGAAAAAUAUACGCAGCAAAUACAGGCAUGCGGUGGACACAGUUCGUCGAAGUGGAAAAACUUCUGAUAUGAAGAAUCUUCAUGUGAAAACGGUAAAACAUGGAGAAGCUGUAACUAUGGAGUGUGACAUUAAUGGGCUCAAAAACAAAAAUACUUCAGCUUUGUACAGACAGAGUUUUGGAAACGUUCCUCAGGUUUUUGUAAGACAGUUCGGGCAGAGUUACACAUUUGUUGAUGGAUUUAAUGAUAACCGCUUCAGUGUUACUGUAAAUGGCGAUAAGUUUGAUCUUAACAUUAAUGAAAUAAGAGAAGAUGAUGGAGGAGAAUAUUUCUGUGGAGAAUUGGAGGGGACUGUACUAAAGUUCACAUCUGGAACACGUCUGCAGUUUGAAGGUGAAGAGAUGAAACCCUGUCCUACACCUGGAACACUUAACAAGAACACACACUCUGUUACACACCAGGGUUCAAACAGCAGAGAGGGAAAAGGUGCUUCAUCAAACAACCAUCAAACUCCCACCAAUCAGGCUGAUGAUGAAGACGUCUUGAAUGAUGCAGCUGUGAGUUUUGCUAAAAAACCUUCAUCCUCCAGAACAUCCAGAGACACGAGGAUUCAAGACGUUUAUACACAAGUUAUAUAUCUAUACAAUAGAUAA